AUGAUCUCCCCUGAUGAGCCGAUGAAUGUCCGCGUACGCCUCGUCAGCCAAUCCUCGGCCGAUACAAUCGAAUUGAUGUUAGAUUAUGAGGAACCGAUUGGCAGUCUAAAACAAUCAUAUUCAAAGAAAACUGACGCAAAUCGAGAUGGAAUCAGAUUUCGAUAUCGAGGGAAAGAGGUAGAAGACGAGGAGACGCCCAGAGAACUGGACAUGGAAGAUGAGGAGAUGGUCGAGGUGUUCGAGAUGGAGGAGGAGCACGAGGAGGAGCACGACCUGCGGAAUUUG